UUGGGAUUACCCUCGUAACAAUGUCCCCUAUGUCAAAACCGGUAGUAUCAGUGGAUUUCCGCAUUUGUGGCCCGUAUCUUCACAAUAAUGAUUGCCCAUUCGUCUCUCUUCCGCUGACAUUCUUUCGUUAACGCGUUACGUGCCCGCAACAACACCAGAAGGCAUUCAACCUCGCAGUGGGGAGUGGUCAUAAUAUUUUUGGCUCGUCAGUGUAAUCCACGACUUUUAUUUUUCAUAGCUAAAGUCCUAACGGAAGUGGGACACACUGUUUAUACAGGUGUCCUUUAGUCAAAUGUCACCUUUUUGUGGGUACCUCAAGCAUGUCUGCACUCUGUGGGUACCUCAAUGAAUACGAAGAACAGCAGUGUGCAAUACCUCGGCUGACAUGUCAGCAAUAUACGGGCGCCGCGACCGGCAAGUCAGCGGACUGCGGUGGCGGCGCCGGCUGACAUGCGAGCGCGCCAGCCUGCGCCGGGCGACGUGUCGGCGGUUGUUGCAGCCGCCCAUCACCUUGCCGCGUGCCUGCCUGUUCGAGGUGGAGUGGGACGGCGACGGCGACGGCGACGCCACCGACCACAGCACGACGUCGUCGCCGGGCGGCGAGGCGUCGGCGUCCGCCUCAGCGUCGGGGUCGCGCCGCUGCCCGUCCGAGGACGACGCCCUGUCCGACGAGUUGUCGCUGGCCGAUUCGGAGGACGCGUCCGAGGAGGCGGCGGUGGGCGGUGCCGGGCUGGCCGCGCUCGGGGGCGGCGUGGGCGGCUGCGGGCCGGCGCGCGGCGGCGGCGGCGGCGUCGCCGUGCGCAAGAUGUUCACCAACAGCCGCGAGCGCUGGCGCCAGCAGAACGUCAGCGGCGCCUUCGCGGAGCUGCGCAAGCUCGUGCCCACGCACCCGCCCGACAAGAAGCUCUCCAAGAACGAGAUCCUCCGCAUGGCCAUUCGGUAUAUCAGACUGCUGACUAACGUCCUCGACUGGCAGAAACAGCAACAGAUGCAACAACAACAGCAGCAGCCCCAAAAGUACUUCCACAACAACAACCACAACAACAGCAGCAACGGGCUGCAACACCACAUGCACAACGGGGGCAGGCAUCGCGACGUGGGGGUGCAGCCGCUGGUGAAGCGGGAAGUGGGGACCGCAGCGAGUGUCCUCAAGAGGGAGCACAACCACGGCCACGGCACCAAUGGGCUACUCGUUCUCACCACGCCCGCCAUCAAGGUCGAGAGGGACGAGGACGACGAGGAUGACAACAGACACACAACACUUGUGAAUGAGAGUCAGCUAAGGAAGGUGCCAACUUGUUGGCAUCAUCACAGCCUUGGAUUGUCACUUGGCAAACCACCUCCUUCGCAUUCAUCAUCCUCUAGUGGAAACAAGUGACUAUAAAAGUGAUCUUGUUUAUCUGUGUUCCGACUCAGGGGAAUAAGUCAGCUGCCACCAUUUCAUUACCCUGGUGUCUUUCUACUGAGUUAACACAAGAGACUGAAAAAGUUAACUGUGAUUUAAAGUCAAAUGUUGUAGCUUUACAUUAGUGUUUAAUACAAUUUCUUGUGUAUAGUUUCACAUAAAUUACAUUGUAAAAUGAAUGACAGUGCAUA